AUGAAUUCCCAAAUAUCAUCUCCUCCUCCGAGGUUUCCUGAUGUGAGGUCUCCUCCUCCAAGAGAGUUUGGUAUAAGAUCUCCUCCUCCGAGAGACGCUGGUAUAAGGUCUCCUCCUCCGAGGUCUAUCAUGAGGACUCCUCCUCAGAUGUCUGCCGGUUUGAUGUCUCCUCCACCAAGAUCUCCUCCUCCAAGGUCUGGUGUGAUGUCUCCUCCGCCACCAAGAUCUCCUCAACCACGAAGACCUUCGCAACUUCUUCACCAUGGCUCAUCCUCCGACCAACGUAUCGGCCAUCUCAUCGCUUACGGCACACUCCCACCCGAACCCGAUUCUGAACCACCAAUCCUCCAAGAAAUCAUUCCCGAACCCGAACCUUCCAAGCCAACAAACCCGAGCUCCCGAGCCUUACCCCCAGAUCUACUCCGCGGUCUCUUGAUGCUUCUCAUGGCCAUGGACCACAUGGGUCUUGCCCUCAACAGCUGGUCCCACGGCACCGGACGAGAGAGCGAGAUGGACGGCGUACCAAUUAAAGAAUGGAACACAAACUUCGCCUACUUUAUCCGCACGCUCACGCACCUCUGCGCGCCGGGCUUCACGCUGCUUUUGGGUGUGGGUGUAGUGUAUCUUGGACGAUCGCGCACGAAGCUAGGCUGGUCCAAGCUACGAAUUGCGCAAUAUUUUGCCGUGCGCACGGGAGUUUUGAUCUUGGCGAACUUUGCCAUGGGAGUUGUUUUGACGCUGGGCAAGGUGUGGCUCAUGAACGUCGUCUUGUUCUCACUCGCCAUCGAUUACUUCCUUGCGGGUAUGCUCUGGUUGGCGAUUGACUCAACGGAGCCUCUUCUUGCGAGCGCUAUCACUCGUUUCUUCCCCGAGGAGGAAUAUGAUGAGGAGAACGAACCGCUGCUGGAGAGUGCGGUCGUUAUCAAGACAAGCCGUGCUGAGCGCAUUUCAUGGCAUGCACAUAAUGCUCUUCUCGCUGUGCUUGCGCUGGUGACGAUCUGGUGGAACAUCUGGCUCUCUCCCACCCACGGCCAUUGCGAGAUCAAGGACCACGCACAGGUCCUCUCUUCCGACAACAGCGCCGGUCCCUCCGAUGGCCCUGCUGUAUCCCACGAUCCCUGGUUCGGCUUCUGGUUCUGGACCACCAUUACACCACGCGUCAUGUCUGUCUUCCCACCCAUGGCAUGGGUAUCCUUUGCCAUCCUGGGAUUGCUGUACGGCCGCAUCGACGUCGCAAAGACAUGGAACGCUCGAAUCUCUUCUCUGUGCCAUUCAGUCGCCGGUCUAUUCUUCUUCCUCUUCUUUGUUCUCACGCGCGUCGCACACUUUGGCAACCUGUCCGAAGGAUGUCUACAGACGCCCGCCCACGCCGCUCACCCCGAGCGCAACCAAUAUCUCGUCUCAGUGCAGUCCUUCUUUUACAUAAUGAAGUACCCACCUGAUGUCGCAUUCUGGGCUUUUACCUUGGCCAUUAACUUUUUCCUGCUCGCCAUCUUCAGAGGUAUUCCCACAAGAGUGGCGAGCCGAUUGACCAUGCUGAUUGACCUUGGACGAGCUGCACUUUUCUUUUACAUUGUGCACAUGUUCUUUGUCUUUGGCUUUGGUGCUUUUUUCGUGUAUAUGUUUGGAUAUGAUACAGGAAGAAAGAAGCCCAUGAACCCUGAUGCUACGGAUGGCAUUGAGAAUCCUUUUGCGUUUCUUGCCAUUUGGGCGUUGGCCAUGUUAUUGUUGUGGCCUGUGGUUAGAUGGUAUGCCCGGUUCAAGGCUACAAAGACUGCUGACUCCCUCUGGAGACUCUUUUAA